AUGACUCAAACCACUGUCUCAUAUACCGCCAAGCGCACCCUGUCGGCCGUUCAGACCCGCAAAUGUCUAAACGUCGACAACAUCAACCAGCAUGUUCGGGAUGCCAAGUACGCCGUGCGCGGUGAAUUGGCCGUCAAGGCCGAGACCUACCGUCAGCGCCUGAUUGAUGGCGACAAGUCCCUGCCCUUUGACAGCGUCAUCUUCGCCAACAUCGGUAACCCCCAACAGCUCGAUCAGAAGCCUAUCACCUUCUUCCGUCAGGUCCUCAGUCUAGUCGAGAACCCCUUGUUAUUGGAAAACACCGAGGUCCUCAAAAAGUCAUUUGGAUAUAAGCAGGAUGUGAUCGACCGUGCCCAGGCCCUUUUGGCCAAUGUGCAGAGCGUUGGUGCCUACAGUCACAGCCAGGGUGCCCCGGGUAUCCGGGACAGCGUCGCCAAGUUCAUUGAGAAACGUGAUGGCUUCUCUGCCAACCCCCAGGACCUGUUCCUGACCGGUGGUGCCUCGUCGGGUGUGAGCACCAUCUUGAACGUCAUCUGCAGCGAUCCCAGUACCGGUGUCCUCGUCCCCAUUCCUCAGUACCCUCUUUACACUGCAAGCUUGACGCUGCUGAAUGCCCGCUGCGUUCCUUACCUCCUCGAGGAGGAGAAGGCAUGGGGUACUAACGUCAAUGCGAUCCUCAAGUCCAUUGAGGACGCCAAGGCCGCCGGUACCGAUGUGCGCGCCAUUGUCGUGAUCAACCCAGGCAACCCAACCGGUGCCUCUCUCAGCGCUGACGACAUCAAGAAGGUCCUUGAUGUCGCCGCCGAGGAGAGCUUGGUGGUCAUCGCUGAUGAGGUGUACCAAACCAACGUUUUCAAGGGCGAGUUUGUCUCCUUCAAGAAGCGCCUGCGCCAGCUCCAACAGGAGCAGCCCGGCAAGUACGAUGACGUCGAGCUGGUCUCGUUGCACAGUAUCUCCAAGGGUAUGGUGGGUGAGUGCGGCCACCGUGGUGGCUACUUCGAGCUUGCUGGCUUCGAUCCCCAGGUCCAGGAACAGAUCUACAAGCUCGUCAGCAUUGGCCUGUGCCCGCCGGUCGUCGCACAGUGUCUGCUCGAGUGCAUGGUCAACCCUCCCCUCGAGGGCGACCCAAGCUUCGAGCUCUACCAGAAGGAGUACACUGGUAUCUCUGAGGGUCUGCACAAGCGUGCCCUUUCCUUGUUCAACGCCUUCCAGCGCAUGGAGGGUGUUGAGCUCCAGGAGCCCCAGGGUGCCAUGUACCUCUUCCCCACUAUCCACAUCCCCGCAAAGGCCAUCGAAGCUGCCACCGCUGAGGGCCGCCCCGCCGAUGAGUUCUACUGCUUGGCCCUGCUGGACGCCACAGGUGUCUGCGUUGUCCCCGGCUCUGGCUUCGGCCAGAAGGAGAACACUUUCCACUUCCGCACAACCUUCCUUGCCCCUGGCACCGACUGGGUUGAGCGCAUCGUCAAGUUCCACUCCGAGUUCAUGGACAAGUACCGGUGA